AUGUCGUUUAAAAUCGACAUCGAUAUCACGAACAAGGCAAUAAGUAAUCCGGAUAUGAUUAAAGCAGUUUUAAUAGAUCUAAACGGCACAUUGCACAUCGAAGACAAAGCCAUUCCAGGAGCCAUCGAUGCCUUGAAAAAACUUUCAAAGCAAAAACUCAACGUAAAAUUCGUCACGAACACGACCAAAGAGAGCCAACGAGUGUUGCACGAGAAGCUAAAGAGCAUCGGCUUCGAACUAAACAAAGACGACAUCGUGAGUUCUUUGGGCGCCGCUAAAGCACUGCUCCAACAGCGGAAGCUGAGGCCCAUGCUGAUGCUGGCCCCGGAGGCGCUCGAGGACUUCCAAGAGUUUCCUACACAGCCCGAAAACCCGAACGCCGUGGUCAUAGGCUUGGCUCCGAGUGAGUUUCAUUACGAGCGACUGAACGACGCUUUUAGGCACUUACAGAACGGCGCUCAGCUGAUAGCCAUACACGAGGGUAAGUAUUACAGAAGAUUCGAUGGGCUUGCGCUGGGCCCGGGUUGUUUCAUCAAAGGGUUGGAGUAUUCGGCGCAAUGUACCGCGGAAUUGAUCGGCAAACCGAACGCAUCGUUCUUUCUCUCGGCCCUCGGCGAUAUUCCCCCCAAUCAGGCUGUAAUGAUAGGUGAUGACGUUAACGACGAUAUUAAGGGCGCAAUGGACGUGGGCAUGCAGGGCUAUUUAGUUCAAACGGGGAAAUACCGAACGGCGGACGAGGCCAAAAUUCAACCGCCGCCGACUGAAGUACUGCCCAGUUUCGUGGAAGCGGUAGAUAAAAUUCUUUCGCAAAUUUAA